AUCUAUCGAUCUAUCCUGUUGCUGUUGGCCUAACCAAUCAGGAAUGCCUCCAGAGUCAAUAACACAUUUAUAACAUGAUAUUGUACUUUUCAUAAACUUCGAUAGUAGAUAAUAAAGUGCGUGUGCAAAAAUUAAGCGAUACAACUCCACGUGUCCAGUGAGUGAGUAUCGAAAUCAAGAGGGAAGAAUAGAAUACUUCCAACCAUGCAACUGAUUUCCAGAACAGCCAAGAAGUUUUUGGGUAGGGCUUACAGUACUGGCAGACAACAGAAUGAGGUUGUCAUUGUCAGUGCCACCAGGACACCGAUUGGAUCAUUCCUUGGCUCGUUAUCGUCAGUAUCUGCUACGAAAUUAGGAGCUGUUGCCAUUCAGGGAGCUAUUGAGCGUGCUGGCAUUGCCAAGGACAACAUCAAUGAAGUCUACAUCGGGAACGUCUGUCAAGCGGGGCUGGGACAGGCACCCGCCAGACAAGCAACAAUAUUUGCUGGGCUUCCAAAAUCCACGAUCUGCACAACAAUCAAUAAAGUAUGUGCCAGUGGCAUGAAGAGCAUCAUGCUGGCCUCCCAGUCUCUUCGAUGUGGCGACCAAAAUGUGAUCAUUGCUGGUGGUAUGGAGUCCAUGUCCAACGUUCCGUACUACAUGAGACGUGGGGUCACACCUUACGGAGGUGUAAACCUCGAGGAUGGAAUUGUCUUUGACGGUUUGACUGAUGUCUACAACAAAUUCCACAUGGGCAACUGCGCCGAGAACACCGCGAAGAAGCACCAAAUAACGCGAGACGAACAGGAUGAAUUCGCCCUGAGCAGUUACAAACGUAGCGCAGCUGCUUGGGAGAGCGGAGCUUUCCAGGAUGAAAUAAUUCCUGUGAAUGUUCCUCAGAAAAAAGGGAAGCCUGAUCUAGUCGUCUCUGAGGACGAGGAGUACAAAAGAGUGAAUUUCGAGAAAUUCAAGGGCCUGAAAACUGUGUUUCAGAAGGAAAAUGGAACUGUUACUGCGGGCAACGCAUCUACCCUGAAUGAUGGAGCUGCUGCUUUGAUUCUUACAACAGCUGAUGUUGCUCAGAGAAUGAAUCUCAAACCAUUGGCUAGAGUUGUUGGCUUCCAGGAUGCCGAGACCGAUCCUAUCGAUUUUCCUAUUGCUCCAGCACUUGCCAUUCCCACUCUCCUGAAAAAAACUCAAGUUAAUAAAAAUGACGUAGCAAUGUGGGAAAUCAAUGAAGCCUUCAGCGUCGUAGUCGUCGCAAACCAAAAGAUUCUCGACCUAGACCCCAACAAAGUCAAUAUUCACGGUGGUGCGGUCUCUCUCGGGCAUCCUAUCGGUAUGUCAGGAGCGAGAAUUGUUGUACACCUGGUGCACGCCCUGAAGCCUGGACAGAAGGGAAUCGCCGCGAUCUGCAACGGUGGCGGUGGGGCCUCCUCCAUAAUGAUCGAGAAAUUAUCGCAUCCAGUCUCAUCGCCACCAAGGUUGACCCUCUUCACAAAAAAUCCCUGUCCACUCUGCGACGUCAUGAAAGAAACCCUGAAAUCUCAAUUUCCCGGACGCUACCAGCUAGACCAGAUCGACAUCACCUCCCCAGGAAACGAGGUUUACCAUAAUCUCUAUAAAUACGAAAUACCAGUGGUCUUUCUGGAAGGCCAGUACCUGUGCAAGCAUCGAUUGGACGUUCACCACCUGCAGAGGCGACUGGAGGAGAUCGAGAACAGAUGCUGAAUCCCUUGCAUUGAGCCCUUCAAUUUUUAUAAUAAAAUUCACCUACAACAAUAUAUUUUUCCUGUCUAAA